AUGGCCAGAAGUUCAAAGCAUCGUAAGAAUGCGGGCAAAAUCAUCCGCAAGCUGAAUCAAAACAAGUCUUGCAACAGUGUCGAAAGUCAACUCUAUACCAACCUUGCGCCUGUCACAGUCCCGAUGAUGCGCUUUCCGAGCUUGAAUCGAAUAGAAGAUCUUUCGUGGAUCAAUACUGCUCUGUAUCGCAUUGCCUGGAACAACAUGUUCGUCGCGGGGAGAUCAUCGAGUCAACUUCAAGGCAUUUCUGAAGAAAGCAAAACGUACACCUUGAAUUGCGAAUUUCAGUUCGACCUCUAUUUUCGAAUCUUACUGCAAGUUACCCCAACCAUGACUUUGAGAGGAAAUUUGGAAUGCGUACUGGACUUUGACGAUUCUUCGAAAGAAGCCAGCUCGCUCGUCAUCGCCUUACACACAUACGGUAGAGAGGAGGACGAGGAUGCCAGAAAGCAGCUAGAGCGUCUUGUUCUGAUGGAAAAUGAUCUUGUACAUUUUGAAAUCACUCAAUGUACCUCAAGUAUUGUACAGAAGUUCUGGCAACUUGAAACUGCUUUGUCGCUCAGGCAACAAAUGUGGCCACCGGACCAGGCUGAAAGCAGCAGCACCAGGCUGGUGGCGAUGGGCGUGAUAGUCCGAGGAAGCAAGGCUGUCUUCGUCGACAACGCCAUUCAUAUUGUUAAGGAAUGGCAGCUGGCCAAGGAGGCUAACAUCUUACUAGCUCAGUGCGGAGUACCAAUCUUCCUGUGUCAUGCAGAGCCUCAGACUGUCUGUAGCAUGUUCAAUGACGUGAGAACGAGCCUCAAGGAAUAUCGAGACGACGUCGUUCAAACGGUUGAGAAACACAUGGAGCCUGUCAGCAAGGAUGUACACGAGCUCGAGAGCAACACGGGUACGAUGUUGUCGGGGUUCACGAAAGAUGUGCAGGAGCUGAAGGGGAUCAUGCGGAAGCUUUUGCAGGAUAUGCAGCAGGUGGGUCAAGAGAUGGCUAUCAACUGA